AUGGCUGAUGAACGUAUUAAAGUUUUGGUCCACCAUACUGGCUAUUUUGUUACACAAGAUAAUGGGAAUUUAAAAUUUGAUGGAGAGAUAACAGAAUGGUCUUGUGAUCCAGACCUGUGGAGCUAUUUUGGAAUAUUAGCUUCAGUGAAAGACUUAGGUCAUAUAGACAUAAAAGAACUUUGGUACAGUUUAGGAGGUGCUUUAGUAGUGCCAGAUAGGUUAGAAUUAUUGACUGAUGAUAGGGGUGCCAUGCAUAUGCUGAAUAUUGCAAGGUUAAAUGAUGAAGUUCAUUUGUACGUGGUUCAUAAUACCAUGGAACCAGACAUAAUAGAAAUGAUUGAGGGUGAAGUUGGUAGAGAAAUGGAGGAGGGUGAGGGUGAGGUUCAGCCUGAAGUUGGAACACAAAUGGAGGAGGUUCAUGGUCAUGGUGAUGGUGAACAAGUUGAUAGAGAAAUGAAGGAGGGUGAUGGUGAACAAGUUGGUAGAGAAAUGGAGGAAGGUGAGGGUGAGGUUCAGCUUGAAGUUGGAACACAAGUGGAGGAGGUUCAGGGUCAUGGUGAUGGUGAACAAGUUGAUAGAGAAAUGGAGGAGGGUGAUGGUGAACAAGUUGGUAGAGAAAUGGAGGAGGGUGAGGGUGAGGUUCAGCUUGAAGUUGGAACACAAAUGGAGGAGGUUCAGGGUCAUGGUGAUCAAGUUGAUAGAGAAAUGGAGGAGGGUGAGGGUGAGAUUCAACCUGAAGUUGAUGUAGAGGUUCAUAGUGAAGUUGCUAAACAGAUUGAAAAUGGAGACGAUGAAGUAGAGGAGGAAGAAAUACAUGAUGCAGAGGAGGCUGAAGUACAUGAUGUACAUGAUUUUGAGCUACAGGAUGUACAAGAAGAUGAGGAUGAGGAUAAGGAUGAUGGUGGAAAUGAGGAUGACGAUGAGGGUGGACAUGAUGGUGAUGAUGAGGGUAGACAUGAUGCUGGAGAUGAAUUUGACGAUGAGGAUGAGGAUGUAGAUGAUGGUGAAUAUGAAAAUGUAUAUGACUCUAUUAGUGAAGAAAGUCUAGUUGAUGUCAGGGUUGAAUGUGACAUUGGGACUUCUAAAGGACAACCUUGCAGUCUAGAAGGUGAAUGUUCAAGGAGAACUGAUAAUGAUUCCAUGCAUGAUGUUCGUGGGUUGUCUGACAUUGAGUGGGUGUCAGAUGAGUUGGAUAGUGGUCCAGAUAGUGAGAAUAAUGAUGCUUCCAUUCCCAAAACUUUGUUCCCCACAUUUACUAUGCCUAAAAGUUUGGGGGAAUAUAAAUGGGAAGUAGGAACCUAUUUCACUAAGAAAAAGGAAUUCACUGAUGCAAUUAGGGGGUAUGCACUGAGUAAUGGUAGACAUUUAAAAUUCAUUAAGAAUGACAAGAAGAAGGUUACUGUAAAAUGUAUGGGGGGCAAUGGGAAAUGCAAAUGGUAUGCUUAUUGUGCCUAUAUGUGUGGUGCCAAGUCAUGGUAG